CCCAAUGGGCGCGGGGGGAGCGGGCCCGGCGCGCCGUGCGGGUGCCGCCAUGCCCAUGUACAAGGUGCGGCCCUUCCACGGGCCCGGUGCGGCGCCCGAGCAGCUGCCGACCUGCAUGUACCGCCUGCCCAGCCUGCACCGCACCGCGCCGCCGCAGGAAGAAGUUGACCCGUCGCUUCAAGCCCUUGAGUCCCGGCAGGAAGAGAUCCUGAAACGCUUGUACGAACUGAAGAGCGCGGUCGAUGGUCUCUCUAAGAUGAUACAAACCCCAGAUGCUGAUGUAGAUGUAACUAAUAUCAUUCAAACUGGUGACUGUUCUCCUUUGACAGCCAACGGAGCAGACUUAGAUCUGAUGCUUGGAAAGGAUUAUGGAGCCCUGAAAGAUAUUGUGAUCAAUGCAAAUCCUUCUCUGCCUCCACUGUCACUGUUGGUACUACAUAGCCUGCUUUGUGAACGCUAUAAAAUAUUAUCAGCUGUUCACACACACUCCUCAGUGAAAAGCGUGCCAGAAAACCUCCUGAAGUGCUUUGGAGAGCAGACCAAGAAGCAGCCCCGUCACGAGUAUCAGCUGGGAUUCACUCUAAUUUGGAAGGAUGUUCCCAAACCCCAGAUGAAGUUUAGCAUCCAGACCAUGUGUCCUAUCGAAGGGGAGGGGAACAUCGCUAGGUUCCUCUUUUCCCUGUUUGGCCACAAGUACAGUGCAGUUACCUCCACGCUGAUGGACAGCUGGGUGGACACAGCCCUCUUCCAGCUGAAGGAGGGCAGCAGCAAGGAGAGAGGAGCCGUCCUGCGCGCCAUGAACGCUGCCCUGGGCAAGACGGCGUGGCUGGUGGGGAAUGAACUCAGCGUGGCAGACGUGGUCGCCUGGUGCGCGCUCCAGCAGACGGGGAGCGCCAACGCUGCCCCAGCCAACGUGCAGAAAUGGAUGAAGUCGUGCGAGAACUUGGCACCUUUCAGCUCAGUGAUGAAGCUGCUGAAAUGAGCGUGUGCUCCUCAGAACAGGGUCGGGGUGAUUUCAUGCCUCCGGAGGUUCUUCGAGUCCCUCCUGAGAUGUGUUUAAGUAGUACAGUUGGGCAGAGCACGAAAGUCAAUAAAAUCAUUGCAGCUA